CAGGUUGCUCUGAGCUGUGCGACUGUUUGCUUCACUUGGGAGUUCUGUGCUGAGAACAGUCGGACAUCUAUUUUGGACCGAGGAAUGCAUUUGUGACCAGCAAGGCAGAGUUGCUUGAAGAAUUAAAUGGGCUUGUCUCUGUCGUAAAACAGCUGGGAGGCGCUGAGAGGAAGCAUCGCAGCCGUGAUUCUGUUGAAGUUAAAUAUGGAAUGGGUUUUAUUGAUGACAGAAACCAACCAAAGAAACAGUACUGACAUUCAUCUGAAAAUCAACAGUUAGCAGCUUCUGCACCCUCUAACACCAGAUCGCACUUUCCAGAGACAACUCAUUGUUUACAAGGAAUCUGCUUUCCAAAGCUGUUUUUGUGCUCUACUGAUUUGUACAGUUAAAGAGGAAACGCACCUGGAAAAAUGGCAUUGGAUGAAUACCUAUGGAUGGUCAUUGCGGGGUUUAUCAUUGCUUUUAUAUUGGCAUUCUCUGUUGGAGCAAAUGAUGUGGCCAAUUCUUUUGGUACGGCUGUGGGCUCUGGGGUGGUUACUCUGCGCCAGGCCUGCAUUUUGGCUUCUAUUUUUGAAACUACUGGGUCGGUGUUGCUGGGAGCCAAAGUAGGAGAAACCAUUCGUAAAGGUAUCAUCGAUGUGAACCUCUACAACAGCACAGUAGGAUUAUUAAUGGCAGGAGAAGUCAGUGCAAUGGUUGGCUCUGCUGUUUGGCAGCUGAUUGCGUCUUUCUUGAAGCUCCCAAUAUCCGGAACCCAUUGCAUUGUGGGUGCUACCAUUGGAUUCUCAUUAGUUGCUAUUGGCACCAAAGGAGUCCAGUGGAUGCAGCUUGUCAAAAUUGUUGCCUCUUGGUUUAUCUCCCCUCUGUUAUCUGGCAUGAUGUCUGGUGUGCUGUUUGUGCUGAUUAGAUUUUUCAUCCUAAACAAGGAAGAUCCUGUGCCCAACGGCCUUCGUGCCCUGCCAGUGUUUUAUGCUGCCACAAUAGCCAUUAACAUUUUCUCCAUCAUGUAUGCAGGGGCGCCAGUCCUGGGAAUUGAUCUUCCUAUUUGGGCAAUAGCACUAAUUUCCUUUGGUGUGUCAUUGGUCUUUGCUAUCUUAGUCUGGAUAGUGGUGUGUCCGUGGAUGAGAAGAAAAAUAGCAAGUCGGUUAAAGAAAGAAGGUGCACUAUCAAGAAUAUCUGAUGAAAGCCUUGACAAAAUUCAAGAGGAGGAUGCAGUUGUCUUCAAAGAGCUUCCUGGUGCCAAGGCAACGGAUGAAAGUACGAUUCCCCUCACUGGCUCUGGGACAGAAGAGGCUGGAGUAUCAGACAAUGUAGCAAAUGGGAAUCAUCCACGUGUUCCAUAUGGGAGGGCAUUUUCAAUGACUCACAGUAUGGUGAAAUCUCCAAUUUCCAAUGGCACGUUUAAUUUUGAUGGGCACAUGAAGAGUGAUGUUCAUGUGUAUCACACUGUGCACAAAGACUCAGGAUUGUAUAAAGAUUUACUGCACAAAAUACACUUAGACAGGGGCAGCAGUGACAGACCAACCCAAGAAAAUAAUUACAAGUUCCUGCGGCGCAACAACAGCUACACUUGUUACACAGCCGCCAUCUGUGGGAUGCCAGUGCAUUCGUCCUUCAAGGCUGUUGAUACAUCCACUCCAGAAGAUAGUGAGAAGCUUGUUGGGGACACAGUGUCCUAUUCCAAAAAACGGGUGCGCUAUGACAGUUACUCCAGCUAUUGCAAUGCUGUGGCGGAAGCAGAAAUCGAAGCAGAAGAGGGCGGGGUAGAGAUGAAGAUGGCGACGGAACUGGUAGAUCCUAACAAUCACACGGAGGAUCCUGUGGAAGAUGAGAGAGAUGAGAAGGACACCUCAGAGGUCCAUCUUCUUUUCCACUUUCUUCAAAUCCUUACAGCUUGCUUUGGAUCUUUUGCACAUGGAGGCAAUGAUGUUAGCAAUGCCAUAGGCCCUCUGGUUGCUCUCUGGCUUAUAUAUGAACAAGGUGGGGUCAUGCAAGAAGCGGCUACUCCUGUCUGGCUGCUCCUGUACGGCGGCAUUGGCAUCUGCGUGGGUCUCUGGAUCUGGGGGCGAAGAGUGAUCCAGACCAUGGGGAAAGACCUCACUCCCAUCACACCGUCAAGUGGAUUCACUAUUGAGUUGGCUUCGGCGUUCACAGUUGUGAUAGCUUCCAAUGUUGGACUUCCUGUCAGUACCACACACUGCAAGGUUGGUUCUGUGGUGGCCGUUGGCUGGAUACGAUCCAAGAAGGCAGUGGACUGGCGUCUCUUCCGCAAUAUCUUUAUAGCCUGGUUUGUGACUGUUCCUGUGGCUGGCUUAUUCAGCGCUGGCAUCAUGGCGAUCCUUAUGUAUGGCAUCCUGCCAUACGUCUGAUCAUUUCUUCCUGUCAGGAAAGGGGGGAGUUUCUCCGGCCAAAUCACACUCUGAAAGUGUGGAGCUCCCUCUUUCAAACAAGGAUCGGCUCAUCCUCCAUAUCUAACUUAUCGACUGUACAGAACUUCAGUGUCAUAUUGGUAACAUCACACAUGGUGCCGUUUCUUAUAUCUUAAAGAAAAAUAUAUAUAUUUAUAAAUAUAUAUAUAUAUAUGCUUAGAGUAGGUAACACUACCUUAAAUUGUGAGGUGAAAAUAAUAACCUAGAACUUUAGUGAUCUGUGUACAUAGUGUAUCAUUUAGUAGCUAAUUUUUAAUCUUAAAAGCAGCAGCUUGCUAGUUGAGAUGUGUGUGUGUGUGUGCGCGCUCGUGCGCAUGUGCCAAUUUGAUAUAGGAUGAAACGAGGUGCAGAAUGGAUCCAAUUUUUGUACAACUGUUGAGAGAUACUGGAACAAAACGGUGCAGAAACACUUUCGUAAAAGAACUUGGUUCAUAUCUCGUUGCCAUGUCUAAUAGUGUAUGAAAAUGGCUUUUGUAAAUACUUUUAGAACUAUAACUUUUUAAUGGUGCAUUUCCCUCAUAUAUUUUGGAUAAGAAAGUUUUGAAAGUACCAAAGAAGAAGGGGAAUAGCUUGUCAGUAUUACAUUACUGCCUCUGUGUGUAUGUGUGUGCGCGUCUUUGUGCCUGACCCUUUGUAACUUUUUAAUUGAAAAUUGUUUUCCAUCUUAUCAGUCAGCAGCAAUGCUGGAUAACAUCACUCACAUUUUACUGUAAUUAACUUGGAGUUUCACUGUUCAGUCUGUUCUGUGUAUUGCGUAUGGUCUAAAUAGGACUUCAGCAAAACCCCACCUUUAUUAUGUGUGGAGCAUCAAAAUUCACUUCCAUGUAUUGACCACAUGUAACCUGACAGCCCAGUUCCCCUCCCAGAAUAUCCAUUGCUUAGCAAGCAGGGGAGGAGGCUGUGGCUUGACAUCUUGUUGCCUGGCCUUUUCUGUUUCUUCCCAUACAUACUAGCCAGGCAGUGUCAGAACUAGGUGGGCAGGGAGUAUCGCCUAAGGGCAGAGGAUGACGCACAAGCUGCUCUUGCAGGGGGGAGGGCGGGGUCCUUGGGACAGAGGAAUUGUGGUGAGAUUUGUCCCCAUGCCGCUUGAGCUGACUGGCUGCAGCUGCCAGAGGGGGCUGGGAGAAGGAGGAGACACUUUCAGCCAGGCUGCAUGUGAAAUUAUGACACUACUGAACAGGACUACACGUCUUUGGCCUUAGGACUGCAGUUUGUUGUGUUUUGGAUUCACUCAAUUCCCAAGCAGCCUAAAGAGGUAUCCCAUGUCAGACAGCAGAAUCUGAGUUGCCGUGGAGAGCUCCUUUGUGCAGGCCCACUGAGGUUGGUCCCAUCCAUCUUGGGGGGCAGGGGGCAAUGUUCCUGAGUUUUUUGAUACUGCAGUGCCUUUUGGCAGGCUUCAUUGCACUGGGCUGGAAAGUGAUGGGCCUUUGGGUGAUGCAGGGAGCUGAAGACUGUUGAGAUGCUGCUAAAAUGUUGAUUGAUUCAUAAGCUGUCUUGGUCCCCAUCUGGAUUGUUUUUCAUUGGUCAUUCAUUCUCAGUUUAUAAUAAAAGAAUCAUUUUCCCCAGAA